AUGAACAAGAUAUUAGGAGCAUUAGGAUUAGCAGAUAAACCAAAGACUAUUGGAGGUAAGAUCCUAAGAGGUGUUCAAAUCAUUUCAAUACCUUUAUUCAUUUUUGUCGUUGCUGCUAGACCUAUUGCCGAAGAACGUCAUCACAGAAGAAAAUUGGAACGUGAAAGAGAGAUUGAAGAACAACAUGUAGCUUCUUUAAAUGCAAAAUAUGAAGCUGUAUUAAAUUCAAAUCCUCAUCUAAGAGCAUUAGAGGAAGCAACUCAACAACAAUUACAACAACAACAACAACAACAACAACAAAAAAGAAAAUAA